AGCCGCUUCCACAGAACUGUGGCCAAGACCCGCAGUCAGCCAUGAUGUGUUUAUAACCUGAUGAUCAGCAGAGAGAUGGUGAGGAAGAAGAACCCCCCUAUCCGGAGUGUGGGAGGUGAGGAGGAGGAGGAAGAAGAGGGGAGGAGGCCAGCAGCAGGAGAAGAGGAGGAGGAGGGAGAGGAAGAGGGGAGAGUGGGAGCAGAGGCCGAACGGAUAAACCGACCCUCUGAGCCAGAGUCCUCCGAGCGGGUCAGAGGCGAUGAGGAGCAGGAGCAGGAGGAGGAGGAGGGAGAAAGUGAGUGUGUUUCCUCAUCUGUCUCUCCCUCAUCAGUGGGUGAUCGCUACGCUAAUGAGGAGAGAGGGGGCAGGAGAGGAGGAGGAGGAGGAGGAGGAGGAGGAGGAGGAGGGGGCAGGUCCAAACAAGGCAACGCGGCGUUGACUGACAGACCCGAGAGCCAGUCGGAGCCCGAGGACGGGGAGAAGGGGGUGGAGGAGAAGGAGAGGAGCGACCGCGUCUCACCUCCUCUGCUCUCCGCUCCCCACCUCCUCCCCGGACAGGAAGGAGGGGAGGAGUCGACAACCGACACCCCUCCGCUCUCCUCCAGCCCCUCUCCCAAGCUCCAGGACUUCAAGUGCAACGUGUGCGGUUACGGCUACUAUGGCAACGACCCCGCCGACCUGGUGAAGCACUUUAGGAAGUAUCACCUGGGUCUGCACAACCGCACACGGCAGGACGCUGCCCUCGACACACACAUCCUGGCCCUCCACAACAUGGCCCCUCAACACACACCUCUAGACAUACAGACAGGACAAGGGCAGAGGAACCAAGCCAAAGAGUCGGGGAAGACGAGGCCAGAUAUACACACUCAACAGCAUAGGGCAGUUAUGAUGAAUGGCACAUAUGACGUACAGGUGACCUUGGGAGGCACGUUAAUUGGGAUUGGCCGGAAGACCUCUGAUUGUCAGGGAAACACUAAGUACUUUCGCUGCAAAUUCUGCAACUUCACCUACAUGGGCAGCAACUCCUUAGAACUUGAACAGCACUUCCUGUCCUCGCAUCCGAACAAAGUGAAAUCUCCACCGACCACCCCCCUGCUGGCUACAAACAACGUGGCCAAGCACGAGAACCAGGCGAUGGGCAGGAGUCCGAUCAUGGACGGGGCGGAGCGAGUGGCAGUGAGGGCGGAAGACGACACCGUGGUCGGGUACUGCAUCCCGGUCAGGGCGUCUUCGGAUUCGUCCAGCUGGACGGGGGAGCCGGGUCGAGGCGGCGUGCAGGCGUAUUACUGGUGCAAAUUCUGCAGCUGGAGUUGUGAGUGGUCAGGGGGCUCGGCGAAGCUCUUGGAGCACUUUGAACAGAGACAUAGAACGAGCCUGGGAGGCACCAUGAGCCCCAGCAACUCUACUCCUGGGGCGCUGGACAGGGAGCGGGAGAGAGGAGGGAGGAGAGAAGGAGGCGAGAGAGACCACACGGCUUCCAAGAGCCGCAAAGAUCCAUCAUCAAACCCAUCCAGCACCAGCCAAGGAGACCCGAACAGCAGCGACCCAGAAGCAGUGGUGACCAGUUAUAACUGUCAGUUGUGUGAUUUCCGCUACUCGAUGGCCCACAGCGCUGACGUCAUCGUCGUGGCGCCGUUGCUGCUGCACUAUCAGCACAACCACUCCAUCCACCGGUGCUGCAUCCAGCACUGCAUGUACUGUCCCCAGGGGCUCUGCCAGCCACACAAACACUUGGGGGAGGUGUCCCACCCCUUUGCCUGUCGGAAACCCGUCUGCCCUAAAUGCUGUUCCAAGCUCUCUCCAUCCACCAAACAGCAGGACGCAGCUGGUCCGAAACCUGCCGCCACCUCCACCUCACCCAGCAUGACCCCUCCUAACCCUAGAGCUGAACCAGGCGUCACCCACUUGUGUGACCAGUGUGCGUUUGCCACCACCGACAUCGACGUCCUGCUGCAGCACUAUGAAACCUGCCAUACCCUGAUCAACCUGAAGGGGGCUUCCCCGCACGUCAAGGCCGAGGAAGAGGUCGGAGUCGACAAGGAUCAUGGUGGAGGAGAGAGGGAGUACUCUUGCACAAAGUGUCACUUCAUCACAGAAGUGGAGGAAGAGAUUUUUAGACACUACAGGCGUGUCCAUUCGUGUUGCCGUUGUCGACGCUGCGACUUCACAGCUCCAGAUUCAUCAGCCCUCCUCGACCAUUUUAACUCUGUCCACUGUCACGACUCUCCCUCAUUAAGCUCAUUUGUUACGACCUCCUUACCCACAUCGCUGACGCCUUCAUUAACACUCUCUGCCAAUGGCUGCUCAGCUCCCUCCACUUUAGCCAUUAAAGAAGAGAGCAAAGGGGAUCUUCGCCUCCUCUAUUCCCUUGCGCCACCUGAGGGUCGACUGGCAGAAGGUGGCAGAGAAGAGGGAGGAGGGGUGGUGAAAAGCGAGGGAGGGGAGGAGAAAGAAAGAGAGAGGGAGAAAGGCUGGGUCCUUGGGGAGACGAGAGGAAUAGGUGAAAGAGGAGGUGAGCAGGCCCAUGGUUUGCUGUGGGUGCCCAAGGAGCGAAUGGGACCCGACAGAGGAGUAGAAAGAGGAACAGGAGGCAGGAGCCCCUCUCUUUUCCCCUCCCCCCUCCCAUUGUCUUUUGUUGCAGCCAAUCACGAGGCCUCGCAGCACAAACGGGGCGUGGCCUCGCCGAGCAUGGUUUACCUGGGAGACACAAAGUCAUUUUUGGGAGAUACCAAGUCGUUUUUGGCAGACGCCAAGCUGUACGGAGGGGGACGGCCGGGAGGAGGAGGUGGCGCUGCAGGUGGAGGGGAGAAGCAGAGCCCGAUGCCCUCUCAGCAGUAUACAGGAGGAGGAGGAGGAGGAGGAGGAGGACAGGAGGGCAAAGGAGGAGCUGCAAAAGAGGAGUCCCAGUCCCUGCUACGGCGGCGCAGAGGCAGCGGGGUCUUCUGUGCCAACUGCCUGACCACCAAGACAUCGUUGUGGAGGAAGAACGCUAACGGAGGCUACGUCUGCAACGCAUGUGGUUUAUACCAAAAACUGCAUUCGACACCCAGACCUCUAAACAUAAUCAAGCAGAACAACGGUGAACAAAUUAUCCGACGGCGAACCCGCAAACGCCUCAACCCCGACCCGCUGUCGUCUGAAAACCCCACCCCCAAGCAGCAGCGAAUCACCAGCGAGGAGCGCAUGAACGGGGAGGAGUCUGACCGGAGCUGCACGUCGAUGAAAAACCAGCAGCCCUCCCCUCGCUCGCGCUCCCCCCGUUCCACUCAAGCCUUCUUAGCCAAUCAAACGCUGGAGAUCCACAGACGCAUGCCUCCCCUCCUCGUCCCUUCGCACCCCCCCUCCUCGCUGGUAGUCGAGGGCAAUGGCGGCAUGGCAGAGGGUGUAUUAUCAUCAAAGUUAGAGGGAGUUAAAGGGGGAGGGGGGUCCGAACGAGGCAGUCCAAUUGAAAAAUACAUGCGUCCGUCCAAACCGUCUAGUUAUUCGCCUCCUGGGUCACCGAUUGAAAAGUAUCAGUAUCCCCUUUUCUCUCUACCCCUGCCGUUAACCCUCUCACCUGAUCUCACCCCUGAGUCCGAUUGGCUCAGAUUCUGGACCAAGUACAAGAUGGCGGCCACCUCUGGGGUUCCCGGUACCCUCAGUAAUCUAAGCAGCCCUGGUAGCCUCGGCAAUAACGCACAUUACCUUAGUGCAAUGGUUUCGCCUGUACAGCAUCAUCAGCAAAGCUACACGGUGCCUUACUGCGCCUCUCCCUACUCUCCUCUUCCACCCCCUCCAGCUCCCCCUCACUAUCCCCCUCCUCCUCUUCAUCCUCAAACCUCGUCCUCCUCCUCAUCGUCAUCAUUAGAAAACGACGCUCCGUUGGAUCUCGCAAUAAGACAAAGGGAUACGAGUGCCGCAAAUGCCCACGUGUCAACAAAUGGGGCCGAGAGGAGAAAGCUUGAGUCGCCACGAGCCGAGAGGUUGCGAGAGAACUGGAAAGGAGAGAAAAAGGAGGAGGAGAGUACUGAUGAAGGCGUCAACAGGAAGGAGGAGUCGGGAAAGGAAGAGCAGGAUCGUUUGACAAAAGUUGUAUCGUCGUAUCGCACGAUGGUGGACGUAGCCACGCAGGAUGAUCUGACCAAUCGCUGCAUCCACUGUGGGAUCUACUUUUUAGAUGAGGUCAUGUAUGCCCUGCACAUGAGCUGCCACGGCGACCAGGGACCGUACCAAUGCAGCUUUUGCCUCCACACAUGUGCGGAUCGCUACGAUUUCACCACUCACAUACAGAGGGGCUUACACAGGUACACAGACAAGACGCCGCAACAGAAGGGCCAGCCACAGGAGGGCGAAACUCCGAGCAUCAUGGAGACGUCCCAGCAGGAGACGGGAGAUGUGACUCCAGAGGAAAAGAUGGACGAAGGCGAUCAAGAUGCGGUCCCGUGUGGAAGUGAUGAUGUCACAGCAGAGGGUCCUGAUGAUCGAGCCGAAGGAAUUACAGGCAGUGAUGUCAAUGAUAAUGAAACGGAAGCGGAAAUGGAGGUAGGAGCAGAGAGUCACGAUGAAACAAACCAGGAUUUAGGAGGCGAAACGGCGUCGGACGGCAGCGCUGACGUCACAAAGACUAUCGAGGUCACGACUGUCGCGGAGUCUAAAGACGAGGAGGAGAACGUGGAGAGUAACUAACCCUGAAACCUCUUACUCCCACAAACCUUUACGAACAUGUUUCAUCAAAUGAAUAAGCUGUAUGCCAUCACGUUCCUGGAGGUUAGCUCAUGUCAAAGCGGGCCUAUCCCGGGCACUAAACGGAACACAUCCUUAUGCUGGAAGCACUCGGCUGUCAAAUGGUCAAAAAAAUCAUUGUAGGAUCCCGCCGCACGGCUGCAGGGACAAUAUGGAGGAAGAGUCUGUCGAGCAAAGGAUCCCUCGACGGCUCUGUAGCAACUUACUCAACAACGGAGUCCGGGCAUGCAACUGAAAUCACCAUUAAUUAACAGCCACUUGUGUGCUUUCCAAAUGAGAGGAUUGGAAGCUCGACUGAAAGCGAGACUGGUCUCAUUUAGGAUGAGUUCAUGGAGCUCAGCACCUGCACAGCCAACAAACAGCAGAGCAAAAAAUACAAAAAAAUAAUGCUACAAGCAAAACAGUUGAGCUGAGCUGAACUGAGCUGAUCUCCUAUGCACCAAACUGAACCCCGAGCUGGCCACGACUGCUCCCAUGCAUCACUCAGACUGUUAUAUCCCGGUACGACCAGAUUUGAUCUGGUCCCUGCGCCCGGAGCAUGUUUUUAACUAUUUUCCCGCUGUGCAAAUGAACCCAAAACCAAAACUUAUUUUAAAGACUUGAAGUUCAGAACAAAUCCAGUUUGUUCUGGGCGGCCGUUGGAUUGGUGCAACGGGUUCUUUCACACUUUGCUGAAACUGACAGUGUUCGCUCAGAUCAAUGCAAAUUCACCACGGCUGCAAAGUGGGGCAAAAAUGUCGGACUGGUUGGAUUUGAUUUGACCAUGACUUUUUGAACUGCUUACUUAAAACCAGUUUGAACUGGUUGAACCGGUGCAAAGCCGGACCGAAGUGUUCUCUUCAUCCAUUCGGAUUGAACCAAGUGACAAUGUUUUCUACCUUCCUCCGUGCCAUGAUACUAGCUACGUGCCUGGCUGCCUGCCUAAUAGAACAACCAUCUAUUAACCUGCUUAACAUUUAUAUUAAUAAUAAUAAAGGUAAUAAUAAUAAUGAUGAUAAUGUUAUAGUUGAAAACAUGCAAUUUGCUACUCUUUCCUAUAUAAUAUGUUAUUUUGUAAAGGAAAAUAAUGCUUUUUUGCAGGAAUUGGUACUAUAAGAAUUAGUUUAUUUUCAAUUUCCUUUUGUUUUCUCGUUUUUGGAGCUAUUUGUCGUUCUUAAGGAGACUUGUUACAGCCGUCUAACAGAAAUGGUACAGAGAAAACGAGGGGGUUGUGUGUCCGUGUGCAUUUGUGUUAUUGCGUCGUUUAUUUGUGCGAGGAUCAGAGGAUGUGUCCGUCCCCCAACAAUGAUGUUCAACAUAAUGAAGGCUUGCGCUUGGUUUUUUGUUUUCAGUCCUCAGGGGUCACACGUGUUGCACACCAACCCGCCUGUUUCAUAGCAUGGGACACGUCCUUUUUACAUGUUGAAUGGUGUAAUGGUUUUAGCAUGUUCUCUUAUAUAUGUUCUUAUCAUGUUCUUUAUGUGCCAAUAGAUCAACAUGGUCUCAGUAUGUAACAUUUAUUUUUCUGUAUGUCUUUUACAUGUUGUUAGGAUUCAUGCUUUUAUAGAGAGACUUAGGAACUUAGGGAGAAAAACCCUAACUUUUAUCAAAAGGAUCAAUUCUUUGGGUUAAGUGUAUAAAUCUUUGCUCUGUGCUGAGUCUACGGAGCCUCUCGUCUACAGUGUUUAAAUCAGCCGAUAUAUUGCUGAGGAGUUUGGUAGUUUACCUCUAUGUAGCAUGUUAGCGUCUUUUUAAAUCUGCAAAAUAAGUCGCCUUAACUCGGAAUGGGAAUUGUUACUCGUUAGACCUAAACAAUACUAAUGAAAACACAGGAUUGUUUUAGGUCUUAUUAUAAUUCAGUGAAGUAAAAUGGAACAUGUUGCUCUCAACUCAAGCAUCCCCACCCCCCCCGUGCGCGCGGUCAUUGGCUACUCGUGACCCACUUCACAUCCAUCUUAUAAAAUGCAUUUUAAAAUGUACCUGCUCUUCUUCAGAGCCAAGUCUCUCUAAACCAAACUUUGCAUUUUUCAUCGUUUACGUUUGUCAUUGAGAGAGUUGUGAAAUGACCCCCCCCCCACACCCUGUCCUAUAAAAAAGAAGCAACACGUCUGCCAUCUUGUUUAUUUUUGUUAAAAAAAAACACUUCUCUAGCCUUGCUGCCUUAGUUGCUAGAAAACAAACACAAAAAAAUCACCGAGGGACUCCUUUGAAGGAAACAAUAAUAGGCUGAUUGAAAGUCGGGAUGGAGGAAGCUGAAGAAAGAGAGAUAUUUUUCUAUGCUUUUUCCAAAAAGACUUGAAUGACAAAUAUUCCGCCUAGUGCCUGGUAACUUGUUUUUGUUUUUCUAAUGGCUACGUCUGUCUGUGUCAAAAGGUUUUUCUAUGUCAUGAGCCACGUCAGGCAGAAGCUGGACAAACAUUUUGCUUCCCACCGAUCAGAUUUGUGCAUUUUCAGCCCAAAACCUAUUUGGUUGCUAUGCUAACUGUUGCUUUCAUUUUCACAUGUAUGUACACUACUUGGGAGAAAGUAGAAAUGUAUGCCUCAGAUACUUGUUUAUGAAAACCUGAAUACCAGGAUGUUCUCUAGUGUGUAUUUGGUUUAUUUGACGAUAGAAGCUGAAUUACAGCUUGAAAUCAUGUCGCCAGUUCACGCUAAAGAUAGAGCUCAUUCUAACAUGGUAUUAUUCUGAAGUGGAGUUUGUUAUUAAUUCAUUUCUAUCCGAUUUUAAGGGGUUAACUCAGGACUUUUUUUGUGUGUGUCAGCAAAAGAUCCAAUUUCAUUCUUUUUUUCAAAGCAGCAGUGAGAUGAGGUUUCUGUCUUGCAGAAAUUUCUAAAACGUAACAAAGUAGAAAAUCUGAUAAAUUCCCCCGUCUGCCCUGUCGAGUACUCGCACCCUGCAGCAACCUUUUUACAUUCGAUUUUCCACUCUUUUGAACAAUUCAUAUUGAUGUAUAGAAACAAAGCAUUUCUAAAUACCUUAAAGGGGCCGUAUGUUCGAAUUGGCCAGCUGUUCAGUUCAUACCCCAAACAACUAAGGGGUAGCAUAUUAUUUUAUUUCACGUUAUCUUAGCGUGUGUCCAACCCCUCCUCUUCCCCUGAGCCAUAGAUGGUGCGGCUAUAAGGCAAAGCAAGAGAAAUCUUGAUGGGCAGAUUGACUGUCAAGAAAAAAAAUCCAUAAUGUUUUUACCGGCCUUGUCAGUCUCCUCUGGCCUGUUCUGUGUAGCUGUCAUUCAGGGUGCUCAUAAAGGAUCUCCAGGAGAAGCAUUAGCCUACAAUGUAGAGUUUUGAACGGGAUUGAUUGGAACUGCAGACAAGAGAGCGGCAGCAGCCUUAAGGCGAGUGGGAGGAACACAAAUUCAGAUUAUUUGAGAAAUCCCUUAGUUUGAGGACGGAGUGGAGGGAUCCCACUGAGAGAGGAGGGCUGCAGGUUCACACAGAACCUGCAGUUUCCACUUCUUUAUCCUUAGACCAAGGGAAGUUGCCACAUUGACUUCACUAUACCUCAUGAGGUACAACACAAAACGUAAAGAUAUUUUUUAACUGAAAAACGUACAUAUUGGCCCUUCGAUCAAAACAUUAUGUCUUCCUGAUAAAGCUAAGAAACAUUUAGGGGGUUGGAAGUGUUUCUCACGAGUGUCAUUGCUGCUGGGUGAAGACAUCUCACUGCUGCUUUAGAACUGUGUCCACUGAAGCAAGUCUGACAUCCUCAUAUCUGACAAAGUGCAAGCAUUCUUGUCCUCAAAACAUUUUGCUCAACAUCUUAAUCAUGUAGGGCUCCACUGUCCAUAUCACAUCUAUCCAGAUCAAGUUGCAUUGGUUAGACUUUUCUCCCAAACGUUGGCCUUUGGUUGGUAUAGGUCCCAUCAUGUGAGGACUUAUGAGGCAGAUCCCAAAUGUUAAGAAAGAUCAGUUUUCAUCCCUACUUCUGGAAAUAAGUUGUGCAAAUGUUACGUUUUUAGAAAAGACUUGUUUUCGGGUUUCUCUCAAGGGGCUGCUAGCAGAACACAAACUGUUUACAUUUGCAAAUGUAGCAAAAAAAAGAAAAGGGACACCUGCUGAGAUGGAUGGAUGGGUGCCUUUGAAGAAUAAACAGAGAGAAUGUGGAUUGAAAGGCGGAGAAUGGGAUCAAAAUAAACUUUCAGAGGUUUAGUUGAUGUGUCCAUUCAUCCCACCUCUCGUCCGUUUGUUUUUCGCUUUAACCUCUCUAACAUCGCUUCUCUUUUUCCUCAUCUAUUAUCUUUAAUUCGACGCAUACUUCUUUUCCUGUCUGUUUCUCUCUCGUCUGUUCUCUCCUCUGCCGCUCACCUCAUAUGCCCCUGCACCUUUCUGCCUCCCUGCUUUCAAUGAAAGUAAUUGAGGUGUUCUCAGCAGGUUUGAUGGGGUUGAGAUGGAGAUAUUUGACUCCGUUAUUCAGAUUUAUGCUCAAAUAAUUGAUUCUGACUUUUACACCAAACUCUGCUCAUGUUGACUUGGUUAAAUUUCUCUCCUACUUCAAUUGUUUAUUUUAUGUUUGUUUGUGGGAAGAAAUUAAUCUAAUUCGAGCUCAUCCAUUUUCCGACAGGUCUGAACUUUCUGAUAUCUUGUGCUUUUGGUAACAAUUUGCAUGGGUGGGAAAACAGGACGGUCUGGUUCUGCCUUUUGAUAUUUUUCUUCCUUGAGUCUGGUUUUACAUCUCGUCCCUCAGUGGGCCGGAGACGAAUCCCGAUUCCAAAAUGUUUGGAUGGUUUAACUUUUGAAAGCAGAUCCUCUCUCUGUUCGGAGUUGAGAGCAGAACGAACACAGCCUUGAUGAUGAAAGCCUUUGUUCGUGCACACUCUUUCUUAAUGUAAGUGGUCUGCAGAACUCCUUCCUUAUCCAAAUAUCCUCUUUAGCGUCUUCGCCAGCCGAACGUCGCCUCUCGAGUCGUGUGAGGAUACUGUUCGGCUGAAACACAAAUAGACUUUAACGGUGGCAGGAACAUUGGAGCGUUUUCAGUCCAAAAGAGGACAUUUUGCUAAGAAUGGAAGUUCUGCAGGUCACAUGACGGGACAUGACUUUUUACUUCAUUAUUGAAUUGUAUGUGUUUUGGUUUGAUGGCAUUUCACAUCAGCGUUUACAUUGGGGGGGCCUUAACAAGUUUUUUCAUUUUAAUCUGUCCGAAUGUGUUAUAGAGUUGAUGCUGUUGCUUGCACUCAGUUUAUUAUGUUCUUAUUGCCAAGGAAGGGAUAACACACACACACACACACACUCUCGCACACACACACACACAUAGGUACGGAUUCAGUGUACAUUUGGGAUGUACUGUAUUAAUCAUGGGAGACAAGGGAGCGAAAGGCCAGUUUGUAAUUGGUCAGACAAACAUACGCAUGCACACACACACACACACAUACACACAAUGACUAUGUACAUUUAACCAAUAUAUUUUAGUAGAAUUUUUAUUUCUCUAUUCAGUCGAAUGGCUUUUAUAGAAAGUAUGGGAUUUGUUUUCUUUUCUUUUCCUCCGUGUUGUAUUUUAUUCUGCUACUUCUCUGUAUGUUAUUGUUUUUAGGUUUUAUCUCAUGCAAAAAAUGAUAUUUCAGCAACAUAUUUUGACAGCCAAGAAAAGUUUGUUACACAGCUAAACUUGAAGAAAUAAUGAUGACGAUGAUAAUAAUUAAUAAAAGUAAUAACAAACAUA